CGCAGCCGGUGAACCACCCCCCUCCCCCGACGGCGCCACCCUAACCCCCCGACUCGGCCAGAGUGCACGACCCACCCAGCCCAGCCGCGCACGGUUCCCCCCAGCCAGCAGCCCAGCCCACGCCCAACCCCCCCCAGAGCCGCGCACGGCGCCCCCCAGCCAGCAGCCCAGGCGGACCACCCACCGGACCGGACUACUCAAUCGUCGAUGUUUUCCACUCCAGAUCUUGUAUGUGAACUCUUCGAUCUUUGAAGAAUUUGGUAUCAUGAAAAGAAGAGAGCGUAGUUGGAUGUAUGAUAGACUCGACGGGCGCAAUCUUAAGCCCGACUUUCUCAAGGGGGUUGGAGAGUUCAUUGAGUUUUGCAAAGAGCAUCCAACAUGCAAUGAUGGUGACAAAAUAAGAUGCCCAUGCCCCUUGUGUGAUAACAGGCGUUUUCAUGAUACUGAAACAGUUAGAGUACAUUUGUACAAGAAGGGGUUUGUUCGUAAUUACUAUCAAUGGAUAUGUCAAGGGGAAAGCUUAGUAGAGUCCUCGCGUGUUCAGCCAAAUCAAUAUCGGGAUAUGGUUAUUGAUGCUCUUGGAAAUAAUCAAGAGCAUUUGGUGAAUGAAGAGGGUAAUUCAGUUGAAGAAGAACCAAAUGAUGAAGCUAAGAAGUUUAUAGACCUUCUAAAGGCAGCUGGAGAUCCAUUAUAUGAAGGGAGCAAACUCUCUGUGUUGGAGAUGGCAUCAAGAAUUGCAAGUUUGAAAUGUGAAUUCAACUUACAACACAGGUGUGUGGAUGGGUUUGCAUCUUUGAUGAAUGAUGCGAUUCCAAAUAACAACCAAAUGGGUAGAACUUUCAAUAGCACAAAGAAGGUUCUUGAGGGCUUGGAACUUCCUCAUGAGAGGAUCCACACAUGCCCUAAAGGUUGUUUGCUCUUCUGGAAAGGCGAUGCACAGUUAGAUAAAUGUAGAGUAUGCGGAAGUGAUCGGUAUAAGAAGACUGCAAAGGGUAAGCUUAUUCCAGCAAAAGUUCUAAUCUAUUUUCCAAUCACACCGAGGUUGCAAAGGUUGUAUGCUACCAAGAACAUUUCGGAGGAUAUGACUUGGCAUGCCAAGAAUCCCCGAGUUCAAAACACCUUCGCACAUCCUAGUGAUAGUCAAGCGUGGAAGCACUUGGAUACAACCUUUCCUAAUUUCGCAUCAGAGCCACGAAAUGUCAGGCUUGGUUUGUGCACAGAUGGAUUUGCCCCCCAUGGUAAAUUUGGAUCCCAAUAUUCAUGUUGGCCGGUUAUUCUUACACCAUACAACUUGCCUCCAUCGAUGUGUAUGAAAAGACCAUUCAUGUUCCUUUCUUUGCUCGUUCCCGGUCCUAAAAAUCCUAAAGGAAACUUGGAUGUGUACAUGCAACCACUCAUUGAAGAGUUGAAACAGUUAUGGGAGGUUUGGGCUAUGACUUAUGACUGCUUUGGCGGUCACUAA